UCAAAAACACACAGAUGUUACUCCACGCUUCAGAUCAUUUUGCUGCUACUGGGCAGACUCAUUUGCAGAGCUGGCUUGAAGGAACUGUAGGUUGGUUGGGUUUAUGUAGAGCUGUUUUUCAUGGGCUGCAUUAACUUGGGGGACUGACAGCAGCUGCAGGAUUAGAUAAAGGGAUGCUUUGAAUUCUGCUUCUGUGCUUAAAGAAAGGAUUAUGACUGAAUGGAAGUCAGCUAACAGCAUGUGGUGGGAAUCUCAGACCAUUCACUCUCCAGACCUAAGGUAUCAGUAUGCACGAACAUGGAUCAAUACUAAUCUGCUGAUCUGAUCAGGGCCUUGUCUAAGGGAAGUAAAGGAACCUGAGGGGCUACUUUUUCACACUGAGGGUUGUGAGUAUAUGGAACAAGCUGCCAGAGGAAGAAGUAGAGGAGGAAACCAGAACACCCCGAGGAAACCCAUGCAGUCGCAGGGAGAACGUGCAAACUCCACUCUGACAGGAACAUCAGUCAGAAUUGAACCCAGGUCGCUGGACUGUGAGGCAACAGCUCUGGUGAUGAAGAAAUGUUGGACUAGCCCUGGAGAUGCCGAAGAGACGAGACAUCCUCGCAAUUGUAUUGAUUGUUUUACCAUGGACUCUGCUUAUUACCGUCUGGCACCAGAACACCGUUUCACCGCUGCUGACACUGCGAAAAGGUGCUGUGCCCAGAAGUGCUCACUGCUCUCCAGACGAUGGGAGUGAGAUUGGCAACCGUCGAGACUUUGGUCAGUCAUCAGACUCCAAGGAAUAUUGCCCGCCAGAUAAGGAUAUUGUGGAGGUGAUCAGGACAGAGUAUGUUUACACUCGACCUCCUCCAUGGUCAGACAUCCUCCCCACAAUUCACGUCAUCACUCCAACUUACAGCAGGCCUGUACAGAAGGCAGAACUGACGAGAGUUGCUAACACCCUGCUUCACGUACCCAACCUCCACUGGAUAGUGGUGGAGGAUGCACAGAGAAGAACGACACUGGUGACCCGACUCCUCAAAGAGACGGGCCUUAACUACACGCACUUGAAUGUAGAGACACCGCGCAGUUACAAGCUGAGAGGGGACAUUCGGGAUCCUCGAUUUCCACGUGGCACCAUGCAGAGAAACCUGGCAUUGAGGUGGCUGCGGGAAAUGUUCAAUUUGAACAACACCCAACAAGGAAUCGUAUAUUUUGCAGAUGAUGACAACACAUACAGUUUAGAGUUGUUUGAAGAGAUGCGCACUACAAGGAAAGUCUCGGUCUGGCCCGUUGCCUUUGUGGGUGGACUCCGAUAUGAAUCUCCGAAAGUAAAUGCAGCAGGAAAGGUUUACGGAUGGAAAACAGUGUUCGAUCCGCACAGGCCGUUUGCCAUAGAUAUGGCAGGGUUUGCAAUAAAUCUCCGAUUAAUUCUCCAGAGACCUCAAGCUUACUUUAAGCUGCGUGGAGUCAAGGGAGGUUAUCAAGAAAGUAGCCUCCUUCGAGAGUUGGUGACACUCAAUGACCUGGAACCUAAAGCAGCCAAUUGCACUAAGAUAUUAGCAUGGCAUACACGGACUGAGAAACCCGUGCUGGUGAAUGAAGGGAAAAAAGGUUUCACGGAUCCAAAUGUUGAAAUAUAAAUGCACAGAUGACCUUAAAUCUGGCUAAAAUCUGAUUGCCCCAUUCCUUCACCACACAUACAAUGGAUAUAAUGGUAGUGGUUUAUUUUUAGCAAAAGCAAAAAUUUCAGAUGAUGUACCUAACGUGACUGGACAAGGAAUAUUUAAACUGAAUAAAGCACAGAAGAGAUCUUUGAGAAAUGAUCCAUAAUAAUUGAAGCAUAGACUGCGAUCUGUGAUUUCACUAGGCAAGGCUCUAUGACUUAUGACCAAGGAUGCUAGAUUCCUUUAUGUGUGAGUACAUCCCUGUAAAGAUGGCUCUGUUGCAAUGCGUUCUGUUGCAUGGGAAGGGAGGAUGCAUGCACUCAGUGUGAAUUCCAAACCAGAAAUAAACACCAGCCUUAAAAGGCUUCCACGAAGUACAGAAAAGCUGUGAAGAAGACUGACUCAUAGGAGUGAGUUUCAACAGGAAAUCCUUUCUACCAUUUACCUGAGGAUACUUAAGGAAUGGAAUGUUCUGGUUUACAUACCUCAUGAGCCUGCUACUGUUUGUUUAUUCUUUACAUGUGUACCUAUUGUAUUCCACCUUCAUUCAGACCAUGUGGACUUGGACUCAAAGCUUCCAAGAGGUGUGUAAAGUUGUCAAACUGUAGUGUUCAUCUCCUUUUAGCAAGGGCUCCCUUGAAACUUGGUAUCUUAUGAGUCACCAUACCCUUAGUGAAAAGACAUCUCCUUUCUUCACCUUGCUUCCAGUAGUGCAUAUGCACAUUCAGAGGAUAAUUGCAUUCUGAGAGGUGCAUGCAUGAACCUUGAUAAUUUUAAUAAUUUGUGCUAGUUAACUAAGGAGAAAAUGGGUACAGGAAAAAAAACUGUGACUCCAGUCAGCAAUCAAGGCAGGCUACUUUCAAAGGAAUGCAACAAUGAUGCUGCACUUACAACUGAAGGUUACACUUAGUAGACAUGACACAUGUACAAACAUUUAAAGUUAUGCUAUUUAUUAAGUGUCCCAAUCUCGUGUGAUACGACCACACUUUACUCUUGUGGAUGCCAGUCUCCCCAUGAUUUUUUAGUAAGAAAAUAUGAUUCCAAACUUCUUUUGAAGGUAAUGUACACAAAACAAGAUUUUAGCAGAUUCAGCAUGAGUUUGAUUGCAUCUCUUGAAUAUACUGUUAGAUGGGCAAGAUUGGAAUUGCAAAGGUCAUUCUGCUUCAGGAGAAAUUGAUUCUAAUUUGUGUACAGAAUGCAUUACCUUCUUUGCAAAAAAAAAAUGCUGAGAGCAUCUAACCCAUAAUUUAAUAACUGUGGAAAAAUGCUGGAAACAGGAAGGCUUGUAUCUAAUUAUUUGCCCCACCUAAAAAGAACAUCUAAUUUCUCCUGUGAUGCUUACUGGAUAGGGCAGGAUUUCUAUUUCUGUUCAUAGUUCACCUUACUUCCAUGAUGUGCCUAGAUUGAAUGUCAACAAAAGAGGAAUAGUUUUCCAUUCCUUUUUUUACUGAUUCCCACACUUCCAUUAGUGAAAAUCACAACAUUUUAUUUCACCUCUGUUUCCCGCUCAUUCAAGAGAGAACAUCUGGUUCGAUAUACUCUUAUUCUAAGUUACAAUAUCACUAUAUCUGUUAGCUGCCUAUCCUUCAGUGACUGUGGCAAGUCCUGGCUAUUCAGUGGGACUGGCCCAACAAGAUAUAUAUCAGAAAGCUCACUCAAGAGGUCAUGAAAUGGUUAACUUAGCUGCAAUAUUUUUGUGUGCAUUGAUCCAACAAUUUCAGUGCAUCAAUAAAAGCUGGAAACACACAGCAGUUCAGGCAGCAUCUGUGGAAAGAGAAACAGUUAAUGUUUUGAUGAAGGAUCUCAGACUGAUGAAGGAUCUCAAACCGUUGUUUCUCUUUCUUCAGAUGCUUUCUGACCUGCUGAGUAUCUUUAGCAUUUUCUGUUUUAUCUCAGAUCCCAACAUCUGCAGUUAUUUGAUUUUCAUUAACUGUGGAGUAGGUGCCCUGGAGAGGUUGUGCAGCAAAUGAGUCCAAAGUCAGAAUCAUUAUAAAUUCAGUUGGAUCAAAUUUAUUGAAUAGUUUAAUCUUGGCCCAAACCCAUGAACAACUAAAGUACGUUUUCUUGAAGAAAUAAAGAAUCUUAGCAAGGAAUGAAAUGAGAACACAUGGACACCUGAACACUAAGCAAUAGAGUGCCAUAUUAGUAAACAUGUUAAUGGUUUUGUAUGACAUUCCACUGAACUCUAAUGGGAAUGAAAACAUUAGCAAUAAUGCACAGUGCAAUUUUAAUCAUGUCAUAUUUUUAUGAUUUUCUGUGGUGCCCCUUCUGUAGCAAAAUCUAUGCUAGCACUAAAACUCAAUUAAAAUUAUUGAUAUUUUAUUAGGUAAAUAAUAAAAUCAAUCUCCACUGAUUUCUUCCAUUCAUUUCAAUGGGGCUUGCAGUGAUUGUGGCAGAUUUAACUUGGCACUGGCUCAGUGUGAUCUCCCAGCCUGAUAACUAGGUAGACCCUGGAAGCUCACAUUGUCCCCUUUGACCUCUAUAAAGAAGUGCUGUAGAGGAGCUGGAAGAAACACUACUGAUUUACACCUCUGGGCACCAGGACUUCCAUGUGGCAAGUCCUGGCGGCAGCACCUUAGUGGGAAUAGGACAUUCAGGCUAAUAUACUUGGAUAUAUUCCCAAGGAAAAUGUUAAGCAAUUAUUAUACAUUGUAAAUUGCAUCGAGUGCUUCACUUUAUAGAGUGCACAUAUUCAGGAUGUUUGCAUUCCAGUGUUGCCAUUCUGGAGCCUCAGCCAAUAACAGGCCUGUCUGAAUGUUACAUUUUACACGUCAUUUCCACCAUUGAUUUUAGCAAUUAGAAAAUCAUUUGGCACCAAUAUUUCCAAUCUGCAUUUCUGAAUCCUCAUCAGGAGUAUGGAGUUUGGAAACGAUCUCUUAGAUUGUAAUUGUAAACCAGCUGUGGUUUACAUUGAAAGAAAAUGUGCAGGACAACGAGAACUGAACCAGUCUUGGUUUUGCCUUUGGCUGUCAGAAUGAAACUGCUUUCCCAGACCUCAAAACACCAUUGUAAGAUUUCUCUGGAGACUGAACACAAUUUACAAUCUACAUUAGCGCAAGAUUCCUUGUGAGUAUUAAACCUUCCAGUGCCCAGUUAGCAGAAAUCCAAAGGUGAAAGAUAUUCUUCCUUAUAAAGGGUACUGUUGUUUUAAAACAAAGCAAUUUAAACUAACCUACUGGGCUCUACUGUUAUAAUAUAGAUCAGAAGACAACAAAUAGCUGGAUGAACUCAACAGCACACUAAAUAUUUCAGAACAACCAUUUUGAUUGAAAAUUAUGGAUAUCUUACACAGAUAAAUCUUCAACGUUCAGGCCCAAAAAAAAGGUAUCUCAGCUUAUUCAGCCAAUGUAACAAAUAAGAUAGGGGCCAUUGGAACCUUGAACUUCAUUGCUUUAGUGAAAUCUUGUAGAAUUUUCUCAGUAAUGCAGCUUGUAGAAACACUGCCUCACAGCUCCACUGACCCGAGUUCAAUUUUGACCUCUGGUGCUGUCUGUGUAGGUUCCUCCUGGGUGUUCUAGUUUCCUCCCACACCCAAAAACACCAGGGUUAGUAGGUUGGAGACAAGACACUGCAGAUGCUGCAAUAUGGAGCAAAUACCUCCAGCAGUUUGCUUUUUGAUAGGUUAAUUGGCCACGGCUAAGUUGCCCCUGGUGUGUAGAUGAAUGGUAGAAUCUGGAGGCAAUGAUAGGAGUGUGCAGAGAAUAAAAUCGCAUGAGUGUAGGAGUAGUGAAAGUGGGUUCUUGAUGGUUAGUGUGGGCCUGUUGAGCUGAAGGGCCUGUUUUUGUGCUUAUAGACUCUGUAACUCAAAUACUCAGUCAGUCAGUCAGGUGGCAUCUCUGGACAGAGAAUGAGUUACUAUUUCAGACUGCUGACCUCUCAUCAGAACCUUGCUGGUUGUUCAGGAUCAGAGAAGGGAUGAUCAAAAGGAAUAGUCAAAACCUGGCAACAGAUAAGAUUGUGGUCAGAGACAGUGUCAGAGGAAAAUAAAGUGGAAAAAAGGUUGCAAUUGUACAAGAAUUCAUGAGUUGUUGAAGUAUGUGAUCUUUGAUGUCCAAGAAGAACAAAAACCUUCUGUUGAAGGACCUAAUACUGUGAAGGAUAAAGGGAACUGUGAGACAGAGCUGGUCAGUGUUGUUGGGGAGAAAGGUCAAGAGCUUGCACGUGCUGAUGCAUUGCAUUACGUAUGGAUCUCAGGAUGUGACAAGCAUAGUGAUUCAAGAAACGCUGACCUUCAAUGAUAAAGCUUAAUCAUUGGUGAAUCCAGUCCAUGAAGGAUGGAAUUUCUAUGUGGAAUAACAUAGAACCAGAGACAUUUGCUAAAAGAGACAUGGUAUGUGAGUGAGUUUUGAUCAACAGUUUAUCAAAAAUGAGGAACAGAAACCAAUGAAGGAGAACACAGUAAAGGAGACAAAUGGAAAUCCUGUCAGACAGAAGGAGCAGAACAUCUUCAGGCUGGGCAUUCCUGGAAAGGAAGUGGCAGUGAAUUUAACAGUAAUUGGUUCUGAUGAAAGGUCAUCAGAAAUAUUAAGUGUCCCUCUCUCCAUAGACCUGUUGAGCAUUUUCAGCAUUUAUAUUUCAGAUUUACCGCAACUGCAGUUAUUUUGCACUUUGAAAAGCUUUUCAAAUAAUCAGUUGUGUCCUUUCAAGGAUAAUGUAAGAUAAGCUAAAGGAAAGUCUUUUCAUUGUGUCAUCACUAGGAAUUUUACAAGGAAUAUGCUGUACACAUUAUGCAAACCUUCAUAGCCAAUUCCCAUUAUACCAGAAAACCUUACAUUGUACAUUAAUAGCUCCUUGUUGAAUGAAGUAGGUCUUAUCAAGGUUCUGCUGUACAAAAGUAAUCGCUUCUAUUUAAGCAAUAAUGGACAGCAGGAAAGAUAUUUGCACUGGUGCAUUUCUUUUCAGGAAUACAUGCUGUUAUUUAUACAUUAGACUAUUCUAACCAAGUUUCACUAAAUUUCAUUAGGCUUUAGAGAAGAUAUGAAAAAAAGGUUCAGAAAUGAAAAAAAGAAUUGUAACCACCACAAAGCAUCUACUGUCUGAAAAACGGCAACUGCAAAAAUUCCUUCCCCUACCCCACUCCUCUGCAAAGCCACCAAUGGGCCAGUAUAGCAUUAAACUGCAUUAACCAGGAAGUUUGAAGAUUUAAACACUUGAGAUUGUCCAAGUUAACCAAUCAGGGUAAUAAUCAACUUCAUCAACUCCUGGCAAUGGAAAAGCAACUCCAGCCAGAAAUCCUACUCCCUAUUACUAUCUGCUGAUCUCGUAGCAACUAAUUGGAGGAUAGGAUUAGUUAUGGUGUUGAAGUCUCAGAGUUAGAUAACCAUUGGAUUCUCAUACAAGGAAUUGCUAUGUGAUUAGGGCACAAAAAAAAGGGCUUCCAGCUUUGAAACCAGAGACGUGCAAGGUGGGGUUGGAGAAGAAAAAACGAGAGAGACUGUGAGAGAUCGAGAGCGCGCAAGAAAGAGCAUGCACACGCAUCAGCAAUAAUCAUCUAAAAAUAUGGUUAUAGAUGUGUGAGUGUUCAUUUUCCCCAUAACUUUAAGGACAAGUGCACUUGCCCCUCCUAAAGUUGAUAAAUUUAAACUUCUGCACGUACCUGCUUAAAAUUGUAGACUACUAAGAGAGGGAGAGAAAAAUAGAAGGAACUACGUAUAGAGCAGAAAUCCAUGAAAGAGAUUAUUAGAAAUGAUAGAAUGAAACCACAUUAAACCACAAAGGGCAUUAACUGUGAAAUAGCAAAGUUUUAGCAUUUUGAAGACACAAGACACCGUAAAUGCCGGAAUCUAGAGUAACACACAAAAUGCCGGAGGAACUCAGCAGGUCAGGCAGCAUCUAUGGAGGGAAAUGUCAACUGUCCAUACACGCUACCCGACCUGCUGAGUUCCUCCAGCAAUUUUGUGUGUUGCUCUAGCAUUUUGAAUCAGGAAUGAUCACCCUGCAGAAUUAUCAGGGCACCAUCAGCCCUGUGAGACCUGAAUUGGUGCAACUCCAGUCUUACAGUAAUGUGGUCAACUCUGAAGUGGUCCUGCAAGUCACUCAGGGCAACUGGAAAUGGGCAGCAAAUCCCGACUUCACCAGCAACAUCCAAACAACCAACAAUUUUUAUUUAGGUCCACUGGAACAACAUGUUAUUCUCUGAAGAAAUUCCUCCCUUCAAAACUGAAGCUCUUAUGAUAGGACUCAACAUUGAGAACAUUUAGCAUGAAUACAUAAAUCGCUUAUGUCAUGUAGGGAAAUGAGCUCUCAGUUGAUACUUCAUUUCCAGCAGAAGAGAUGGUCUCAAAAAUGCCAGCAGCUUCUGUUGACCACCAGUUUUGUCUAACAGUGUAACUCUUCCUGGGGAAUAAUUCUAACAUACCAAUUGAAGGACUAUCUUGUAAAUGCAUUACAUUGACUGAAGGGGGCUGUGGGUGACAGGAAAUUAAUUACAUUGGCUUCUCAGUUCUUUGAAUUUUGAAAAUAAUAAAGACUGGCUGAUAUCUUGUACCAUAAAUGGAAUGUGUGUGCAAAUAGAGUAACAUUACAGAGACUGAUGUUUACACACCUCAUGAGGAGCUAGAGCUGAACAUGCUACAGUUAAUACUGUGGUAUCAAAUCUAAAAAUGUGAAGCACAAUUUUACUAGACAUAAUCCUCAGCACUUGACAAAUGACAGUUUCUCUUUUAUCCUCUUAGAACUAUUAGUACAGCGAACAAUUCUUUCUCUUUUUAUACUUUCUGCCGAAUUAUCUAACGUGCUGUUUGCUACCCUGUUUAAUUUAUUUCUAUUUAUAAUUUAAGAAAAUUGAUUAAUGAAAUCUUUUUUUAAAAAAGAGCAAAUCUGAGUAACACCAUAUUUUACCUUGUGAUUCAAAUCUGUGCUUGAAAAUACAUACGGUCCCUUGGCAAGGGCAGAGAUGAUUACAUUACUUACUGUGCUGUGCCACCAUACAGAAAAUCAUCAAGAGGUUGUAAGGCAACUGCAACUUGGACAAACAUCCAAUACCAACUUUCCACCUUUUUUCUGCAUUGCUUAAUUACUCUGGUAAAAAUGGGACCUGACGUAAUCUGCAGCUCUCAAGGAGACAUCACUGGACAACAACCCGAACAAAGGAUCAUGGUAAAUCAAUCUUUCAGUGCUUCAUCAGAACAAUUGAAGAAAUCAGAAGGGAGAAUUCACAGCAUCAUUUGUAGUUUCUACUAAGAUAUUUCUUUCCAAUUGAUCUGAAUUGUAUUUAUAUUAAUGGAAUCAGCUGAAUGUGUAGAAGUAGCCUUCUAGUUUACAGUUGUCUUCUUGAUAACAAAAAUCCUACAUCAUUUCUAAUGUAUUGGAUUUGCCUUUGCAGUAUGUUUAAGCACAAAAGUCACGUCCCCUUGACCAGGGACAGAGCUAACUCUGUGAUAGUGCACAUAUUACUAUAGAGUGACACUGUGAUACAGCUAGUUGCUCUCUGAAAAGCAUUGGAGCCAGUUUAUCAACACCUUUACCCAUGGUAAGGCAAUUCAUUAAUUAGUCUAGAGUGGCUUUAUCCAACAUUUUCCCCUCGCUCUUUUCACUGUCAUAAUCAGACAAUUAAGCCACAAACAAAAGCAGAUUAAAACAAGGUACAAGCAAAUAUCAAUUAUUACUACACAGUAUAUUGUGUGUUGAGGGAGAGGGAGAGGGAUUCAGGGUUUGCUCUCAACGAGACGUAUCAGGUUUCUGGAAGUAGUUUGAUAGCACUUGAUGGAAAACAUUGUGCUUUUCAAGGUACCUCACAUUUGAGCAAAUGCAGAGACAUUGGCAAAUAAAGCUAAAUUCAGGAAUGUACAGCUCUUGCUAAUGAGGAGAGGCUCACAAAACUGGGCAUCACUGGAAUGAAAGGAGAUCUGACUAAAGUAUUUCAAGCUGUGGUUAAUGCAGGUCAGUUUUGAGUGUGUGUGUGUGUGUGAAGUGGGGGAAGCAGAAGUAUAAAACAACUCAGUUUCAAACUAAACCAAACCUUUACACGGUGGUGGACAUGUGCCACAGACUCCCAGUCGAGGGAGAAUGGGACAAAGAAAGAUGUUAAUCCUGCUGAAGUUUAUUCAUCGCAAUAUUAUUGCAGAUGGCCUCCUUGUUAGACAAAAAGAAUAUGGAAGGCAGGGAAACUCAAAAUUUAAACUACAGAAGUAGAGUUUGCAGAUCACAUGUGCUGGUGCUGGCUCUUUGACCAGAACUAUUUGGUCCCAUUCACACUUCCCCAUCCCUUUCCCCACAGAUAAAGGUCAGAUAGAUUUGUGGCAUGAUGGUUCCGACACCAGGAAUGGGUGAUUGUGGCAUUGACCUGAUCAAUUCAAAGCUUAUUAUCAAUUCGAAGUUUAUUUCUAAGGGGCAGCGAGUGUUCUGAAAGUCUGAUCCAUUUACUGGAUUACCUGCCCCACUCCCCCAGUGCCUGCUCAGGUGAGAUGUGGAGAGAAUGGGCAUGAAUAUGACAAAGGUAAAGUAAGUUAGUGUCCAGACCAUUGCUUCACAGCACACCAAUCUUAUUCAGCCUGCAAUACCUCCAAGACACGAUAAAAAAAUGUAAAAUGUGAGAAGUGUUUAUCAGUUAAAAAUGAAAUCCACUCCAUUCACCAUCAUCUACUUACCCAGGAGCACAUUAUCUAUUAGCUCGUAUUUGCUCAGUCUCAACCACACUCAAACUCUUACCCACGGCAGGUCCUGUUUUUUGUGAUUAACCUUAUUACACAUGGAACUGACGUUAGCUAAGUAUAGCCUGUAACCUAACAUGAAUUCAAUUAACCUUGAUUCAUAAUUACAUAGGACUAAAUUGGACAAAUAGAUCCUUGGACCCUUGGACUGUCAUUCUCCUUGGCAGAUAACCCAAAGUGACUGCACUUCUCUGAAUUAAACACACACACACCCAAAUUGUAGUUGGGAAGUAAGAACACAAAAUACAGGUAAUACUCAGCUGAUCAAGUAGUGUCUGUGGAGAGAGAUAAAGACUUUUGAUGGAAAAAAAAUCACUGAACCAAAACUUUAACUCUGUUUCUCUCUUCACAGGUACUGCUGACCUGCUGAAUAUUCCCCACAUUUUCUGUUUUUAUUUAAGGAGUUCCAGCAUCUGCAGUACCUUUUAAAAUUUAUUUACAGCGUGGUGACAGGCCCUUCCAGCCCAACGAGUCUGCGCCGCCCAUUUUAAACCCCAAAUUAACCUACCCGUACGUCUUUAGAACGUGGGAGGAAACCUGAGCACCAGGCGGAAACCCACGCAGACACAGGAGAACAUACAAAGUCCUUACAGACAGCAAUGGGAAUCGAACCCCAAUUGCUGGCGCUGUAACAGCGUUGUGCUAACCGCUAUGCUACUGUGCCUGAUUAUGCUUCCAGAUUACUAGAGGUGGGCAGAAGUUGCAGCUGAAUUUGCAGUCUUCUGUUCUCUUGUUGCUUCCACAUCAUAGUUUUGUGAUCUGCUACACAAAUUGGAGUCAAAUUUUAGAUUUACCCCUAAAAUAGCUCUCAUAUUACAGCCCUUAUGAAUUAGUCUCAGCACAUUAGCCUCUUUACUUCUGCCUCUCAUCACAAUUCAAACAAAAGUAAAAUACUGCAGAUGUUAGAAAUCUAAAAUAAAACGGAAAAUAAUGGAAAUACUCAGGAGAUCAGAACAGCAUCUGUAUGGAGGGAAACGAGUUGAUUACCUUCUGUC